CGUCACAAUUUUCCACCAUUCUCGUUCCAUCCGAUACCGCUACGCGCCACACAAACCAAACAACUGCAACACAAUGGUGUCCCUCUCGUCUGCUCUAUACUCCCACUACACACUUUCUGCCCUGGCGAUUGCUCUUCUUGUCGUGCUCCCUUUCCCUUUGCAGGCGGGUGGUGCCAGUGCCAGGAGAAAACUUACCAAGAAAGCCACGCAAGAACCGAUCCCCACCCCUGACCCCACCCCCGCCCCCGGUCCGAAAACGCUCAAACUCGCCUUCGACGCCCUCCGCCUGGUCUCGGAGGAUGUUGCCAGCAUCGGCUUCGAGUCCAGCUCCCUCUCCACCGGCAACCCCCAGCCCACCUUUGUGGGUGCGACCACGGUCUCCUUCCUGAAUCUCUUUCCGUUUGACACAGUGACGGCGGAAAACGUCGAGAGCCUCCACGCCGACCCCUCUUCUGGCGGCGCCAUUGGCACUAUCGAGUUCCCCUGCAUCAUCACCAACAACGGCUUCUCGAAAGGCCUGUGCCAGGGAGUUGUUGACUUUUUGCUCGACGGCGAGCCAGCCGGUGCAAUGGUCUCCUACGGAGGGCACCUGAUCAACCAGGAGCACUACCAGGGCAUGAUCAUUGGCGGGACCGGGGCCCUCGGGAACGCCAUCGGCGGGACCUACCAAUCGGUGAAAACCAACAUCCCCACUGCCGACGGCACGAGUGUCUACGUCAUCGAAAAUUUUGUCGCGACCUUCGUUCUUGCCUAAGCCCGGUUACAGUUGGAACAGCGACGCUAUUUGUAUUUUAGAUUGUGAGUGUUUCAUUCGCAAUCCAAAAGUGCUGCAUUGCAGCAUUCUGUCUGCAAUAAUCCAGUCUUAGCAGUGUUCACUAUUUUGGUAGCCACGAUUCAAUAUCGUCGAUCAUAUUGAGGACUUAAACCGAUAAGUUUUGUUACUUUCUAGUAGCUCAUUGAUUCUAGAUACAAAAGAAACCAUAGAUUUGUUU